GUGAAUUUGCAGUCGCCAAGAUUCGAUGGACGGCUCGACAACUUGUUUCUUCUUAGAACACGUCAGACAGUAUCCCUUCCCGACAGUUUACGCAACGGGAAUGCCUCAAAGCGACAAUAAUGGGAAUCAGGAACCAUCGGCCGGGCUUCCGCUGAUUCAAUUUACCAAUGGCGGAAUUAGAUUUAAUUUUGGAGGCUAUCACGCCGAGGCAGGCCUUGGUGGUCUUCUGACUGGCUCGAGAACAGGAGGUGGACUUCACGCUAGUGCAGGCACACCUUGGGGUGCUCACGCAGGAGCUGGCCUGGGCGGAUUGCUCGGCGGUGACAAUGCAAAUGCUGGAGGUGGUCUUUACGCGAGAGCUGGCCUCGGAAAUGGAAGACCGGAAGCUGCAGCCGGCUUGGGUGGAGUAUUGGACGGUAGCGGACGAUCGAUUGUCCCCGCUAGGGGUGGGCUCUUCGCCGGUGCAACCACCGGCGCCCGUGGAGUUAGCGUCGGAACGGGAACCCGUGAUUUUGCUGCGGCAACCGGAGCUGGAGUCUACGGUCCAAACGAGGAAAUCAAUCGUUCGACUAGCAAAGGUAUCAACGGAUCGGUCAGCGCCGGAGGCAAACCAGUCGGAAGUGGCUCGAACAUUCAAAUCAUCGCGAAGAAGGCUCAGAAUGUUAAGCAGGCAUCGAGCAACGCGGUCAACCCGGAACCAAAGCAGAAGGACCAUUCAUCGAACAAAGAGAUCCGUGAAAUAGGAGCGUCUCAGCCACUGGUUAUUGCCAGCGCGGGUAUUUCUGGAACUCUUUCCGUGAAUCCUGUUCCUCAAGGACCUCUGGUUCCGCAGCCGAUGGAACAGGUGAAGGUAGUAGGAAACGUUGGAACAAUCGAGCCAGCUCCCCCUGCACCCCCGCUGACGAGUGAUACGAAUGAAAUUCCACUAGUAGAUAAACGCCCUCAACGAGUGAGAGUCAUAUAUCCAAAAUGGAUCAGAAAGAGAUUAGGGGGACCCAGGAAACAAAUUAUCUACGACACCGGGGUGAAUGUACAAAGUGAUCCAUCUGAUGCAAAUACUCAAAAACUUUCGCGUCGUCAAGUUGAUGAAAUUCUAAAUGUACCCAGAUCGAGAACAGAUCCUGUACUAGUACAAAGCGGUAACAGCGAUGGAUUCUAUGAGGACGUCUUCAACAUACCAGUAUCGACACUUAAUGCUGUUAACCGAUUAUUAAACAACAAUUUCGGUUGACUAAUCGCGUUGCGUAUGUAUGUAUACGUGAAACUUUUCGAUUCGAGGGUAUGUUUCAUACGCAAAUUUAAUGGUAAAGGAAGUCAUGAUGUAUCAAUGUAAUAGAAUUUAGUUUAUGUACGAUUUUAUAAUACAUUUUUAAAUAAAUCUUUUUAUUCACC